GAGUGGAUUUUAAACAAACAUAUCUUUCUGAAGAAGACCAUUCUCGCUCCUCGCUGCUGGGAAAGCUACUCUGAACCCUGCUGUGUAUAUAUAUAUAUAUAUAUAUAUUUUUUUUUUUUUUUUUUUUUCCAAAGGAGAAGACUUGAUUGUCUGUUUGGAUCUAAUGAUUUACUGGCUUUUAACUGCAUUUUUGCCCUCUCCUAAGGAUUCCUCAAAAAACGGCUUAAUUAUUUUCAGCUUUUCUCCUCUACCUGCCUGUCUGCAGGGACACCAAAGGUUCUCCCUUCCUCUUCCUCCCCACCCCCAUUUCUUUUAGGAUUUUCCCCCCCUUUUCCAUUUUAUAUAUAUAUAUAUAUAUAUAUAUAUAAAUGUGUAUGUAUAUAUAUAUGUAGAGGCAAGAGUGGAGGAAGCGGAGGGGGAGAGAGAGCUCUGCCAUCCUUUUGGACUUCACACGCUGCCCAAUGUUGGGCUGGUUACCCCCGGAUAUGUUGCUGGUUUCCAUUUGGAAUUUGACGAAGGGAAGAAGGAGGAUAUAAAACCUGGGGAGCUCGGCAAGGUGUUUAUGGCCACAGGAGGGAGCUCAAAUCCAGACAUGGGAGGAUCGGCUUGAUUUCGGACCCAGAGCCUCUUAAACUCUGCUUUUCCUCUAAGCUGGUCCCUGUUAUGUCCAGGAUCUGGCACCUGCUUGACAUUUACUUUGAGUUCCAGAGGACCAGAGACCUAGGAUGAGGAGCAUUGGAUCCGCCCUGAACCUGCUUUUGGUAUCGCCACUCUACUUUGUGUGGACCGUGGUCGCUCUGGACCUGGCGCAAACUCCCUGCACCACCUUGGUCCAAGGGAAAUUCUUUGGGUAUUUCUCCUCCUUCGCCGUCUUCCCGUUGAACUCCUCUCUCUGCUCUUGGAUUAUCCAGAACCCCGACCCUCGCAGGUACACUUUGUACAUGAAGAUCCUCAAGCCCUCCGGCGUAUGUGACCACCAGCACAUCCGCACCUACCAGUUCGACUCCUUCCUGGAGUCCACCCGCACCUACCUGGGCAUGGAGAGCUUCGACGAUGUGUUGAAGCUCUGCGACGGCUCCACCCGCUUCGCCUUCCUCCAGUCCAACAAACAGUUCCUGCAGAUGAAGCAGACGGCCCCACCGGGCGUGGACACCUGGCCCAUGCGGUGGAAGCCCACCAAGGCUCAGGAGAGGGACUUCUCGGUGGAAUAUCUGGUGGUGGGCAACAGGAACCCGAGCAAAGCUGCCUGCCAGAUGCUCUGCAAGUGGCUGGACGCCUGCCUGGCCAUCAGCAGCAGCUCCCACCCGUGUGGCAUCAUGCAGACCCCGUGCUCCUGCUCGGGAGGGGAGGUCCUGGAUCAGGCCAGCGAGAUCCUGGGGUUCACCAGGAAGAAGGAGGACUGCUACAAGGAUGGGAUUUACCUGGAGAACUGCGUGAGCAGCCCCAAGGACAGCAAUGGAGCAGAGUUCAUGGGUGGUUGGAACUCCUGGUCGGCUUGGGGCGACUGCACCAAGGACUGCGGGGGCGGCCUGCAGACCCGCAUGCGCUCCUGCAAGCCCCUUCCCAACGAGGGCCUGGCCUGCGAGGGAGUCCUGGAGGAAGGACGGCUGUGCAAUAGGAAGGCUUGCAAUACCAAUGGACGCUAUAAUUCCAGAAGCCAAUCGCUGAGGUCCACAGAUAACAGAAAGCGAGAGGACCCUGACGAACUGCAGCACUACGGGUACCCUGCACCUCAAAUAGGUGACCCUGCAGCAGAGGAGUGGUCCCCGUGGAGCGUGUGCUCGACCACCUGCGGGGAGGGCUGGCAGACCAGGACCAGGUUCUGCGUUUCAUCUUCCUACAGCACCCAGUGCAGCGGCCCUCUCCGGGAGCAGAGGCAGUGCAACAACUCUGCCGUGUGCCCAGUGCACGGCACCUGGGACGAGUGGUCUCCGUGGAGCCUGUGCUCUUCC